CUCCUUGCAGCUGUGAAGAAAAACAAAAACAAAGAUGGAGAUCGGAGGUCUGGGAGGAGAUGUUUACGCGACAAGGAGGGUCGGAAUAAGCAAUGUGGUGUAUUAAAUAGCACACAGCAUCGUAUUUUAUAUUAUUUGUUGUUGAUUUUAAUUUAAUUUAUACAAAAUGGAAUGUGCGGUGUUUCCUGAAGAGGCAAACGAAAGGAAGGAAAUCUGCAUUGUGGGAUCUGAGCUCGUCGUAGAAAACUACACGGUUUACAUAAUAGAGGUGAAAGUUGGAAACCACAAGUGGACUGUCAAGCACCGCUAUAGUGAUUUUCAUGAUCUGCAUGAAAAGCUCACCGCGGAGAAGAAGAUCGACAAGAACCUGCUUCCACCAAAGAAAAUCAUUGGUAAAAACUCUAAAAGCCUGGUGGAAAAGAGACAAAAGGAACUCGAAGUAUACCUGCAAACUCUGCUGGCCAAAUUCCCUCUGGCUGCACCCAAAGUCUUGUCUUGUUUUCUGAAUUUUCAUCUAUAUGAAAUAAAUGGAAUUACAGCAUCACUGGCUGAAGAUCUGUUUAAUAAAGGAGAGCAACUUCUUGUGGCCGGACAGGUAUUCUGUCUCCGGCCUUUGCAGUUAUAUGCAAUCACCCAGCAGCUCCGACUGGCCAAACCCACCUGUGCUAAUGGGGAUGCUAAGGCAGACCUGGGGCACAUUCUAGAUUUUACCUGUAGGCUCAAAUAUUUGAAGGUCAGUGGCACCUCUCAAGGUUCUGUGGGCAGCAGCAAUAUCCAGGAGCAUCUCCUCCCAUUUGACUUAUCAGUAUUCAAGUCACUUCUUCAGAUAGAGAUUAGUCACUGUGAAGCAAAACAGAUACAAGGACUUCCUUCUUUAAAGCCAACCUUGGCUACAAUGGGUGUGUGCUAUUCAGCAUCAUCAAUGAAGGAUAUAUUGGUACCAGAAUCCUCUGAAUUCGAUCACUGGAUUGCUGAGGGAGUGUCAUCAGACUGUCCAGUCACAGCCGUCAUUCCAACUUGGAAGAACUUAACAACACUUGACAUGAGUCAUAAUCACAUAAUGUGCAUUGAUGAGUCCGUGAAAUUGAUACCAAAAGUUGAAUUCCUGGACCUCAGUCACAACGAACUGUCUCUUGUAGAGAACUUGCAGCAUCUGUAUAACCUGGUUCACCUGGAUCUGUCCUACAAUAAACUUGCAGUAUUAGAAGGUGUUCACACAAAGCUUGGAAACAUCAAAACGCUCAAUUUGGCAGGAAAUCUUCUGGAAAGUCUUUCUGGUCUUAAUAAACUUUAUUCUCUUGUAAACUUGGAUUUAAGCAACAAUAAACUAGCCCAGUUAGAGGAAAUUAAACACAUUGGAAGUUUACCCUGUUUGGAAAAACUGAAUCUGUCCAACAACCCCUUGAGCAUCAUUCCUGAUUACAGAACCAAGGUGCUUGCACAGUUUUGGGACAGAGCAUCAGAGGUAUGCUUAGACAGCACUGCUCCAACAGAGAAGGAGAUGGACACUGUGGAAGUGUUAAAAGCCAUUCAGAAAGCCAAAGCAGCAAAGGACAGGAUGAAUAAUACAGAGAAAAAGAUCAGUGAGGACUCCAAGCUUUCUGCUGCCAGUUCCAAAGUCAACUACUCCUCUUUCACUGCUCCACCCUCCUCUCCCUCUCUGCCCCAUCCUGCCAGCUCCAGCCAAGAAGUAGUUUGUAAAAACACAGCCCUAGUUAGCAAUGAUAUAUCGACUCCUAUGGAUUCUGCAAUUACCCAGAGAUGCACCAACAUACAAAAUUCUGCUUGUGAGGACACAGUACAGGUUAAACAUACAUAUGGAUCCAGUUUGUUACCCAUAAAUGUGACUGAACAGCACUUCAGUUACAGUUGCCACUGUGCAAAAGACGAAGACAGCAUGUGGACCAAUUGGAAAAAGACCCAAGUGCUACCUUAUUCUUGUGUCUCUUACACUGCUACUAACCUGGACUUUACUUCACAUUUAACUGGACUUAUUAGGAAUGCCAUGUGGGAGGAACAUUUCAAAGCAUCCAAGACCAGCACGCAUGUAGAUACAGUCCAUGAAUCAUUGAGCCAGGCUUCAGGGGAUGGCUAUUUCGAAAUGGGACUUGAUGAGGGGGAGCAUGGUUCAGGUUGCACUGCCUCUCCAGAUGCUACGGCUGAAAGUUGUGAAGAUGCAGGUGAAGAGCUUAUCCGAAUUAAGAAAGUCUUUUGGGUUUACUGCAUUCAGGUGAGCAAAGAUUUAAGCCAGUUUGCAUCUUGUGUUGUGUUGACUGACAAUCUGCUGGCUGUGUUCCAAAUUACUCAUCAAGAACUGACUGGAAACAUGCACAGUGUCACGGGAAACAUUGAAAACGUCUUGACCGUCCCAUUCGUAGAGAUAGAAGCAGUUAGCUUUGAUGUUCCAGAAACCUGUCUUUCAUUGAAAUUGAAGACAAGUGAUACUUACUGGUACUUUCUUUCGGAUUCCCAGAAUUUGAAAGAGAUCUACUCUUGUUUAAACAUGUUUAAUUCGGUUGUGAAAAAUUCCAAUUCAGCACAGGAUUUUAUCAAUCAACUUUUGGAGUCCCAUCAGCUAACAGAUGGUGACACUGUUGUUAAAGGUGCCUUUGCCGCUCAUCUUCUUAACAUUGCAGAGAUUGCCCCCUGUAAUCAGCAAAGCCACAGCUUCCCCACUGACUCUUCAAAUGAGGCGAAGAACUCUCCGUGUCCGAAUAUCCUCUCAUUCACGCGGCAGUCGGAGACACACCAAGACUCUGAUUAUGUGCCCUGCCUGCUCUUCUUAACACCCAGUCGGCUGUCUAUUAUAAAAGUGGACUUUGUUUCACUCGCAAAAAAAGCCAGGACACUUGAAGAGAAGAGAUGGGUGGAGUUCAUUCAGAUCCCUCUUGCUUCUGUGCUUCUCCAUCCCAAACAAGGCUGCAGUAGCAGCACCCAGCCAGCUGGUGCCUUCAGGGAUGGCCAUGUCCUGGAACUUGUGACCCGGUACAAGUUUGUCACUGCUGUCUUUGUCCUGCCAAAUGACAAGUUCUUGUUUCUGAGUCUGUUCAGGCAGCUUAGAGCCAGCCUGCAGGAUGUGAAGACCAUUGCUUUCUUCAAGGUGAAAAAAUGUCACAGUUCAACAAAGAGCUGUCCCUUGAGCCCCACAGUGACCCAAAGAACUCUUAAGAGCAGCCCUCAGGGUCUCCAAAGGCCUCAUUUAACCCUGUCCUUGCUGUAUCCUUCAGACCCUUUGAUACAGAAACUGACUGAUGAAAACCAAUGUCCAUUUCACCUGUCUGUUUCCCCAUCUCUUCGCUUCUUAACAGGACUGAAAGGGAAUGAUUUGGUGGAGUUUUUCUAUAACAGUGUUGCUGAGAUGGGGAAUGAAGAGAUAAAGCACAUCUUAUGGUCCUCUGUGGUGUUUUAUAAAGCUUCUGAUGUGGAAAUCACUGCCUGCAUUAUGCUGUCUACAAAAGCGGUUUAUUUUGUUCUUCAUGAUUCUGCUGCUCAACUUGGUGAUCAAUCAUUAGUUUGGGAUUGGAAGCCCUCUGAUCAUGAAAAAAGAGACUUUCACCAUUCUUACUGCUUCACAAUAAAGCUGAAUGACCUGCAAUCAGUAAAGGUUGGGCUUUUUGAUCAGUACUUCAGAGUAGCGGGACCUUCAGCAGAUCACAUCAUCUCCUGUCUGACAAGAGACAGCUACGGUACUCAUGCCUUUAUACAACAGCUCAUGUCUGUCCUGUCCUUCCUAGCAAAGACACCAUCUCCAGAGCCAGUUGAACAAGAUUUCUACACUGAAUUUGGAAACAAAAGCACAGGCAAAAUGGAAAACUAUGAGCUUGUUCAUUCUAGUCGAGUGAAGUUCAUAUACCCAAGUGAGGAAGAGAUCGCGGACCUGACCUAUAUUGUUGCAGAGAAAAUGGGAGACCUGGCUAAUCUGCACGCGUAUAACAUCCUUCUGUACGUACUAGCCUUUCAAGUGUGUCACUCCAAAAGCACAACAUCAGAGGACCAGCAUCUUCUUCAUCCCAAAACACUAAUUCUCACCGGCUCGGACAUGUUCCUGUUUGAUGAGGAUUAUGUCAGCUACCCAUUGCCUGAUUUUGCUAAGGAACCCCCUCGGAGAGACAAAUACCGCUUGACCGAUGCCAGGAGAAUCCGUGACCUUGAUCGGGUGUUGAUGGGCUAUCAGACGUACCCGCAAGCACUUACCUUUGUGUUUGAUGAUGUUGAAAGUCCUGAUUUAUUAUGCAACUUGACAAUGGACCAUUUUGCCAAUGAGUUUAAUACUUCAGGCAUAAAAACAAGAACGGGCAGUGUUGACAAGGAGAUCCAGUGGUGCAUUUUUGUGCCUGGUUCAGACAGCCGAGAAAAGCUUGUUUCCUUGUUGGCUCGCCAGUGGGAGCUACUCUGCAGCAGGGAGCUACCACUGGAGCUCACUGGCUAAAGCUUAAAAGCACAUUUAAGUGUUUACUUAUUAAUGAGCAGACCGCAGAAAGUUUACUGACUGUCUAAGAUACUUUUGCUGUAUAUAGUUUCUUCACUGUGCAUCCUGGGAAAUAUGUACAUAAACCAAAGGAGUCUUGAGCUAAUUAACUUAUUUUCUUUAUCUGUGUGUCAUGAUUGUCUUACUAUUUACAAUAAGUAUUGUGAAUUGUAUAUAAUAGUUAAAGCAUGUUAUGUGUCCGUGUGCACGCUGUAUUCAUGUCAAAUGCGCUAUUUUAUUUAGAAAUCUGCAGAUGUGUUAUUUAAUAUGUGGGGGAACUGCCUUGUAGACCCUUUUGAACCUUUUAUUGUUAAAUAUUGUUAAACUUGUAUGCUGUGUUAUUUCUGUGUGAGGUAUUUAAUCAUGUAGGGUAUUAAAAAUAAGUCAUACUCCA